AUGUCUACCACCAACACCAGCACCUUCAUCCUGGCACAAUCAACUGACAACAUCCAGCCAGUCAUCACUGCUGAAAAUGCCAAGCAGAUGGUCAAGGAGGCUGCCAGUGUUACAAUGCAGGCACUGAGAGGACUUUGGGGCUGGGAUGCUAAGCACUGGGGCAAAGUGGCUCAGCUUGUGUGGGCCCAGCUGGGAAUGGUCCACACAGUUGUUGAACAUCUACCCCCAGCAUUUGAGAUCCCUCUGCAUCUUAUUGCUAUUGAUAUGCACAUGGUUGACCUGGCAACAAUCUUUGCCAUGCAGAUGUGGCCACCUUUCAACCAGAUGAUGAUGGCACGAGAGGCCAAUGUGAAGGAUCAUGCAUGGUAUUGCCUUUGUCACCAGCCUAAGUCUCACCCAUAUUGCAAGGUCAUGGAGGAGCUUACCAGGCCUUCAUUGAGGGCCAAGCACCAGGCACAGCUGGUGGAUAAGGGGAAGGGGAAAGAGUUGGGUAUGGAUGAGGCUCAAAGGACUCAGCUUCCAGUGUGUGAGAUGCCAGGACAGGAGUUGGCCCUGUAUGGUGCCAGCUGGCAGGGCAUGCUGGCAAUGCCACUGUACCAAAUACUCAUGCAGCUUGUUCAAGGGGAGGGGAGACAAGUCCAAGAUGCAGCAAAAAGCCUCCCAUUCAAGGCCUUGCUGGCAACAAUCCCCAGAAGACAUGGCCAGCCUUCCCACCACUUCAAUGCUGGCUGCACCAGCUCCAUCAACCAGUCAAUGAGCCAAAUGUCAAAGGGCACCAAGCUGAAAUCAAUCCACCAGUCCAUCCAAAGUAACAAGCCAUCAUUCAUCUCCUGGCCCAUGGACUGGCUGCCCCAUCUCAUGCAAGAAGUGUUGCAACAGACCCACCCAUCACUCCAGUGCCAACUACUACAACCAGUGCCAAUGAUCCAUGCCAUUGUGACAAAUGCUAUCCAUAAUCACCUAUUCCCAGCCCCAGAUGUGCUUAACCAUCCUCUGGUCCCAUUUCACACUACUUCCAACCCUACACCAGUACCUCACAUGCCAGUCAUGGUGGAACUUGGCACUGCAACUGGUGUUGUAGAGGCUCAAUCAUCCCAAAGCAGCUCAAGACAGGAGUCCACUGAACCCCCCCCAGCUUCAUUUGAGGGAGGUGCCAGCUUGGAAGUACCUCCUUCAAAUGUCAAACCUGUGCAUGGACCUGCUGGAGGUCUGGCAAUCUCUAUUACUCCACCACCACCAGCAGUCAGAUCAGCACCUGGACAGGAAGGUAGGAUGGAGGUCGACUAA